CUCAGUCCUCCUGCCUCAGCCUCCUGAGUAGCCAGGAUUCCAGGCCUAUAUCAGUACACCUGGUUGCUUUUCUAGAUUUUUUCCCUAUAAGUCUUUCCUGAUUGCACCAGACCAAGUUAGAUUCCCUGUCUAAUAUUCUCAGCAUUCUCGUGUUUCCCUUCAUAGCAUUUAUCUGAAAUGUAGUGAAAUAACUGGGUUCAUAGCUCCUUUACUCUCUUGCCUGCCUGAAAGCAGGGACCAUGUUUAUCAUGGUCUCUGCAACAUUCCCAGAGCCAAGCAUAGGGCCUGGCACAUACACGCUGGCCAGAUGCUAUUUCUCUCUUCCACUUGAAUAAUAACUUAUUGUGUCCCUGUCAUGCACCACACUCUCCCCUGUGCACUUUAUUAGCAAGAUAGGGGAGGCCCCUUUUCCAUUGAGAGAACUGAAGCUCAGAAGGGGAGGUGAUCACCGCCCCGAUUCCCGCUUCCCAUUCAUCGGAGUCUGCUGACUGUGACCCAGCCCGGCCUGGUGAGUGCUUCCUUCUUGCUCUGUUUACACAAGAAGUCUUUGAAGAGGGCGUUUACGUUGGCGGCUGGCUCUUCCCGAUCCUGCUCCCUGGCGCCUUCACCCCCUGUCCGGCCCUUUGAGCAUCCACUCCCCACGAGGGUGUGCCCCUCCUUCUCCAUCCCUUCCUCCGGAGGUUUGGCCCGGACAAGUCUUCUGAGUGAGCCCUGGUUAAACCAUACCCUGGCCAGCCGCGGCCCAAAGUGGUGAGAAGCCCCUGGUAUUGGAGACAGUCUGGGCCAAACUCCGAACUGCAAGUUUAAGACUUGGUUGCAUCAGGAGCUUGGGAGGCUUCUUCCUUCCCUGUUAUCUCUGGUGCCCCCUGCUGGGCAAAAAAAAUGAACGCAGGAAACAGAUGCUUCCUGUCUCUGGCUGGCUCCAGCUGUAGAUCUCAAAUAGGACAUCUGAGGCUUGAGAUGAAUUCGCGUCAAAACCAGAACCUGGAGAGAUGAGGAAGAGUGACGACUUAUAAAGCCGCAGCUGUGGAACCUUGAGGAACAUUGGUAAAGGGCAAUCUUUCUGCUCUGCACCUCAGGAAAGCCUAUAGAAGAUCCUCACUCGGAUUAGGCAGAGCAGGAGGAGAAGGUCUGGAGACUUUGCCCACACCCUCUGUGCCAACAUGGCCUCCAUCCUGCCUCCUCAGGUCCAUCUAAGCUGUCAGCUCAGCUCUUCUGCCAGCCCCCGAGCCUCUUCCCAAUUCAGUGAUGAGGCAAGUGUGAAAAAUGGAGCGUAAUAGAGACAUCUCGAGAUCUCCCAGGCCCUUAACUGCAGUCGCCUGCUCUCCACCCAGCUGGAAUUGCCAGAGGCCGAUGAGGACGUUUGCCUGUCCAGCUCACUGCUCUUCGAAAGAGGCAUCCAUCUCCCUUGGGCUUGUGUGUGCAUGCAUGUGUGCGUGUGUGUGCACGUGCGCGCGCGCGUGUGUGUGUGCACGUGUGCGCGUGUGCACAUGCACAGGGCUGUAAGCGAUGAAGCACCCGGGCUUUGGAGGUCUAAACUAGCCAGCUUCUCCUUCUGGAUCUGCUGGCCUAAUUCCCAGCUGCAGCUGCCACCCUGGGUUCCCUCCCCGAGGCGAUCUCCCUGCAGAUUUGGCAGCCUGGAAAGGAGGGGCUGAGGGAAGGAGAGAGCAGCAGAGAGGACUCUGGCUCUAAUCUGAUGUAGAUGAUCCCGCAGGCUUCUCAGCUCAGCUGCCCUCUGUCAUCAGCUCUCCCGGCGAUUUUCUUUGUGCACUGCACUCUCCCCUACUGCCUUUGUCUCCUUAAGAAAGUGCCCAGAAAGUUAAACCCAGGCACACAAACACAUGUACAAUCCACCUCCCACCGGGAAAAAUAAAUCAGAGAGCAAGAACAGGCAGACGAGUAAGAGCACGCACGGAAGGGAGAGGGCUCAGCUCGGUCCUGGAAGAGAGCAACACAGGCAGAGGGAGGCUGGGGUUGGUGGUGACCCGGACUGAGGUCUUCUAGUCCCCAAGGAGCCUCCUUCAUGGACCCAGGGAUCACAAGAGGGGCUGCCUCAACUUAGGAUGGGCAACUGUGUCAAGUCGCCACUGAGACAUCUCUCCAGGAAGAUGCACCAAGAGGAAAUGAGCAACUACAUGGCGGUGCAGACCAGCGAGGAGGGGCUGGUGGCCAGCGGUGAGCUCCCCGGACCACUCCUGAUGCUGGCCCAGAAUUGCGCCGUCAUGCACAACCUGCUCGGCCCAGCCUGUAUCUUUCUUCGCAAGGGCUUCGCUGAGAACAGGCAGCCUGAUAGAUCACUGCGGCCGGAAGAGAUCGAAGAGCUCCGAGAGGCCUUCAGAGAAUUCGACAAGGACAAGGAUGGCUACAUCAACUGCCGGGACCUGGGCAACUGCAUGCGCACCAUGGGCUACAUGCCCACCGAGAUGGAGCUCAUCGAGCUGUCCCAGCAAAUCAACAUGAACUUGGGUGGCCAUGUGGAUUUUGAUGACUUCGUGGAGCUAAUGGGGCCGAAACUCCUGGCAGAGACAGCGGAUAUGAUUGGCGUGAAGGAGCUGCGAGAUGCCUUUCGAGAGUUUGACACCAAUGGCGACGGGGAGAUAAGCACCAGUGAGUUGCGGGAGGCCAUGAGGAAGCUCCUGGGCCAUCAGGUGGGACACCGAGACAUAGAGGAGAUUAUUCGAGACGUGGACCUCAACGGGGAUGGACGAGUGGACUUCGAAGAGUUUGUCCGGAUGAUGUCCCGCUGAGGCUCAAGGGCCCCACCAGGACUGCCAAGCACCCCAGGUCGGGAGGGGAGAAGAGCCGGAGAGGCAGCCGCCCCGAGCCCAGGAGGUACUGGCGGAUGGGGCCUGCCUGCACCCGGGGGAGGUGCCCCCGGACCCCCACCCCUCCGCACUGUGAAAGACACGCAACUCCUGCAACUGGAAAACGGGGCGCCCACCAACGAGGAGGCCGCAGUGCCAAGCCGGCAGAGGUCGUGCCAGGCGCCAAGUGCCACGUACUCAGCCGCUGCUGGCUGGGUGGGCCAGGGAGCCCGGCAGCAGACCCCACACAGCAUGUCUGCCCCAGGGCAAAGCCUGUCGCUGCCCUCCUUAGCUCUGUGCCCCAGCCCUGUGAUCUCAGAACCAAUAAAAAUAUUUCCAAGAGAAUGACAGCUGGGGUGGUCUUGGCUUCU